AGUCAUAUGAAGUUUUCUUUAGUUGCAAGACUAUACUUAAGAGAGCAGUGCUGUCGUUAAAAUUUUGGAGUUAAAAACUAUCUUUAAAAUAAUAUCCUGAUAAAAAGAAAGAAAAGAAAACGAUUCUGUUAUUAAAUUUUGAUAAAAUUAAUUAAGUGCUGUUGACCACUGUUUAAGUGAUUCCCCAAAGAUCCAGAAUGCCGCUUCUGUAUACAGUAAUUUCACGAGGAAAUACAAUUCUGUGUAAAUAUGCGGAUUGUGUGGGAAAUUUUUCAGAAGUAACAGAGAAUCUUAUUAGCAAAAUUCAACUUACAAACCACAAACUUACUUAUACACAUGGAAAUUAUUUGUUUCACUACAUCUGUGCUGACAAACUUAUUUACAUGUGCAUCACUGACGAUGAAUUUGAAAGAUCCCGUGCUUUUCUGUUUUUAACAGAAAUUAAAAAGAAAUUCCUUUCAACUUAUGGACUUACUGCUGCUACGGCUAUUCCAUAUGCAAUGAACACUGAGUUCUCAAGAGUAAUAGCUAAUGAGAUGAAAGCUUGUAAUGAGAGCAGAGAGUAUGAUUCGAUCACAAGGGUUCAUGGUCAAAUUGACGAACUUAAGGAUAUUAUGGUGAAGAAUAUUGAGAAUGUGACCGCCCGUGGAGAGAGAUUAGAACUUUUGGUGAACAAGUCAGAGAACCUUAGAGAUAACGCUGUUUCAUUCCGUCAAACUUCGAGGACGCUUGCUCGGACAUUAUUCUGGAGAAAUGUUCGAAUGUAUUUGUUGCUAGGAUUAUUAUUAAUGUUCAUUGUUUAUAUCGUAACUUCAAUGUUUUGUGGCGGAUUAACAUGGUCAUCGUGUCGAUAAGGCAAUUUCAUUAUGAACAUUUAUCUUACAGUUAUUGUGUCUCAUUUAAUGUUUUUUCUAUACAUUAUUAUCUCUUUUAUUUAAGUUUUCAUAUGAAAGUUAAUUUGAAUCGGAAGAAAAGAUCGUAUAAUAAAAUAUAAGGAUAGAAAUAUUUAAAUCGUUUUACUAUUUUUUAAAAUGUGAGUGGAAGAACAUGCGGCGUAAUUUCAUAUUA